AUGGAACCGUUCCUGCAGCUGGCACCACACUCGCUGGCCAUCGUGCUGUCGCGGCGCGCGCCCAGGGACCAGCGCGCGGUGACGGAGAGCCCGAACCCUCCGCACCACCACACCGGCUACGAGGUGUUCGCAGAAUUCAAAGCGUUAAACACGGAGCAUUUCUGGAACAAGAUGGUAGCCGAUGCCAUUGCGGAGACCUUCUUUCUUGGCUGGCUGGAUGAGCACGUGCUGUUGAUCCAGGGUAAAGAGGAGCACCUGGAGGCUCUGCGCGAGGCCUGGACCCGCAGAUCUCUCAAAGCCCCCCGCGGCUUUGACAUCAAAUACCUCGGUGAUGUGUCUCCAAUCAGCAUGUCUCCCAUUAGUCAGUCCCAGUUCAUCCCGCUGGGGGACAUCCUGUGCCUGGCCAUCUCUGCCAUGAACUCGGCACGAAAGACCGUCACACAGGAGACACUCAUCGAACACCUCGCAACAUGCUUCCCAGGAGUCCCUACUCCAAGUCCGGAGGUUCUUCGGCACACCCUCAACAUGCUUGUUCGGGAGCGGAAGAUCUACCCAACACCAGAGGGCUACUUCAUCGUCACCCCUCAAACAUACUUCAUCACUCCUUCCCUCGUUCACACCAACAGCAAAUGGUAUCACUUGGAUGAGAGGAUACCUGGUGGCAUACAGUCAUGCUCCUCCCCUCCAUCUGGUACCAUCACACCCUCCGCCUCAGGCUGCGUCAGGGAACGGCCGCACCACAAAAACCACGCUGACCCCUACGCUGAAGGCUAUCGGGAGGACAUACCUAGCGCACACAUGUCCAGCACACUGCAAAGGAGGUCAAAGGAGCACAAGGAGCACAAGGAGCCUCCAUACGCUGUGCCACCACCACCACAGCUUCCAUCAGAUAAGAGCAAAACCACGCUAAGUUUUGCCCCGAAGCCAGAAAGUAACGGCAGCAAGCAGAAGGACGGGAGCAGCAGUGGCGGCGGCGGCAGCGAGAAGCAAUCAAAAAAGUUUGGCCUGAAACUCUUCCGACUGAGCUUUAAAAAGGACAAGUCAAAGCAACUUGCCACAUUCUCUGCCCAGUUUCCUCCUGAGGAGUGGCCUCUACGAGACGAGGAGACACCUACCACACUACCGCGCGAUGUAGAGAUGGAGAUCAUCCGACGGAUCAACCCGGACUUGACGGUAGAGAAUCUGGCCCGGCAUACUGCUGUGAUGAAGCGGUUGGAGGAAGAGAAGGCUCAGAGGAGCAAAGCCAGCUCGUCAGCUCAGCAGAGCUCUCGCAGCAAGCGCAGCCGCAGCCAUCGCAAGGUCCAACAGGGCAAAUCGUCACGCUCCCACAGCAAAACGCGUGUCUCUAAAGGGGAACGGUCAGAAGGUUCAAACCUGGAUAUAUCCUAUGACAGGGACUACAGGUUCUAUAGUUCCUCUCUGGUUCGCUCUCCAAGGGAAACUAUGAUGUCCAUGGAAAGGAACAGAGGAAAAUACAUGGUGCACAGCAACCCGAACAUCGUCGAGUCACACUUUACAACAGCUCCAGAGUGGGAUGUUUCAGGGGAGCUGGCUAAGCGGAGGACAGAGAUGCCCUUUCCAGAACCUUCUAGGGCACAAUCGCAUUCCAAAGUCCAUCGCAGUCACAGCCACACCCAGGAAAGAAAAUCACGAAAUGAGAGGUCAAACAAGGCCAAAGAAAGGUCGCGCUCUAUGGAUAACUCCAAAGGCCCUUUGGGAGGACCAUUCUUGGGACCUGUUGAUGACUUUGAGUGCAGUCCAGAUGACAGAAAUCGGUAUUACACCGAUGAUGGAACUUUGAGGGCGUCUGCCCAGAAAGGCCACUACUCCCGAGCUAUGCACUCCGCUGCUAGGUUGAACUCUGAUGUUUGUAUGCCCGAUGCUGGGAGGGGGGUCUCUGAAGAUGGCAUGCACUAUAGAACUAUAGAGAAGAGCAAAAGCAAAGACUGUUUACCGGCCUUUAAUGACCUUAAGUCCUGCUCUCCCAAAACACCUGUGGAUGACUAUUUCCAGCACACGCAAUCAAAUGAAGCCUCCUACUUGGCGCCCUCUCCUUUGGUAAAAUCCAGUCACGAUUUCACAGAAAGUGUCUGGAAAGGGAUUUCUUCUGAGCGGCCAACUCCAAUUGUGACCUCACCCCAUCCUACGGAGUUCACCGAGAACUCCACAAUGGGACUGAAUAGUAUAACAAUACCAGUGCCUAGCCAGACGCCAGAGCCAUUGCCCAACGGACGCUUGAUACAUCAACACAAUCCCGACUCAGGUGACUUGGACCAAAUGGCAGAGGUUUACAGCCAAGAAACUUUGUUCAAACCCCCAGAAUAUGGGGAAAACACUUUCUCCAGACCAGGAACGAUGCGGAAGUCACCGCAUACAAAGUCUCUGGAGGUGCUCGACAGCCAGGAACCCUUCGAGGAACCUCUUCCUUUAACAGUGCCAUCAUCGUCUGGUCAGGAACAGGCCUCAUGUGUGGAGACCACCUUUGAGUACUACAACGUAUCAGACGACGAGUCUGAGGACACCAGCCAUAAGAGCAAAGUGGAGGAGAAAGUUCUGGAAGGCGGUGGGACGAUGAAGUGGCUUAUGGAACGGGAAAAAGAUCGAGACCUCCAACGCAAGUUUGAGAAGAACCUCACUUUUCUUAGCCCCAAAGAGGGGGAGAACAGCCACAACCAGAAGUCAGCCCACUCCACACGUCUGGACAGCAUGGACUCCAGCAGUGUGACUGUUGACAGUGGAUUUAAUUCCCCACGCACUCGGGAGAGCCUCGCUUCCAACACGUCCAGCAACGUGGACAAUACCCGGCGUCAGAACAUGGCUCUGAGUCCCGGGCACCUGGGCACCAAGAGACCUCCGCCGCCAUACCAUGCACCUUCUUUCCGUCCUGUUCCUGAGCCACCUCCUUCUGCCCGUCCAGAGAAACAGGCCUCUAUUACGAGUGUGUAGAGGAGGGCCUGGAAAAUGAAGGACGAUAAUUUUUUAUAUAUAUAAAACAUGAUAAACAUGCAAAACAUUUG